CUGCGGGGGCCGCGGGGGGCGCAGCUGGGGCGCGGCUCGGAGGGGAGGCUAGGGGGCCGUGCCAGGCCCGAAGCCGAGGCGGGGCCGGGAUGCGGCGCUGAGGCCCAGCAUGGCCGGCCCGGGCCCCACCUUCCCGCUGCACCGGCUCGUCUGGGCGAACCGGCAUCGCGAACUGGAGGCCGCACUGCACAGCCACCAGCACGACAUUGAACAGGAGGACCCCCGCGGGCGGACCCCACUGGAGCUGGCCGUGUCUCUGGGAAACCUGGAGUCUGUGAGAGUGCUCCUUCGACACAAUGCCAACGUGGGCAAAGAGAACCUCCAGGGCUGGGCAGUCCUGCAGGAGGCAGUCAGCACUGGAGACCCCGAGAUGGUGCAGCUGGUGCUCCAGUAUCGGGACUACCAGAGGGCCACGCAGAGGCUGGCGGGCAUUCCGGAACUGCUCAACAAACUUCGCCAGGCCCCUGAUUUCUACGUUGAGAUGAAGUGGGAGUUCACCAGCUGGGUGCCCCUUGUGUCUAAGAUGUGCCCAAGCGAUGUGUACCGCGUGUGGAAGCGGGGUGAGAGCCUGCGAGUAGACACCAGUCUCCUGGGCUUCGAGCACAUGACCUGGCAGCGGGGCCGGAGGAGCUUCAUCUUCAAGGGCCAGGAGGCAGGAGCCCUGGUGAUGGAGGUGGACCAUGACCGGCAGGUGGUGCAUGUGGAGACGCUGGGGCUCGCUCUGCAGGAGCCCGAAACACUGCUGGCCGCCAUGCGGCCCAGCGAGGAGCAUGUGGCCAGUCGCCUCACCUCUCCUAUUGUCUCCACCCACCUGGACACUCGUAAUGUGGCCUUUGAGAGGAACAAAUGUGGUAUCUGGGGCUGGCGGUCUGAGAAGAUGGAAACUGUUAGCGGCUACGAGGCCAAGGUGUACAGUGCCACCAACGUGGAGCUGGUGACACGCACACGCACGGAGCACCUCUCUGAUCAGGACAAGUCGAGGAGCAAAGCGGGGAAGACUCCGUUCCAGUCCUUCCUGGGGAUGGCGCAGCAGCAUUCCUCCCACACCGGGGCCCCCGUGCAGCAGGCAGCCAGCCCCACCAACCCCACAGCCAUCUCCCCUGAGGAGUACUUCGACCCCAACUUCAGCCUGGAGUCACGGAACAUUGGCCGCCCCAUCGAGAUGUCCAGCAGAGUACAGAGACCAGGUGAGCUGGUACGAAAUCCUCAGGAGCCCCAGCCUGGGCCCAGGGAGGAGGGCAGCUUGGGCCACGUGGCCAGGACACCAGCUCCCGGGGGAGGCGGGCAGCGGCAUCUGAGCAGAGCAGGGCACUCCAGGCCAGGCAGAAGGUUCAAGGCAACCCUGUGGCUGAGUGAAGAGCACCCACUCUCCCUGGGUGACCAGGUGACCCCCAUCAUCGACCUAAUGGCCAUCAGCAACGCUCACUUUGCCAAGCUGCGCGACUUCAUCACUCUGCGCCUUCCACCUGGCUUCCCCGUCAAAAUUGAGAUUCCUCUUUUCCACGUGCUCAAUGCCCGCAUCACCUUCAGCAACCUGUGUGGCUGUGAUGAGCCCCUGAGCUCCGUGUGGGUGCCGGCCCCCAGCUCUGCUGUCGCCGCAUCAGGGAACCCUUUCCCAUGCGAGGUGGACCCCACCGUGUUUGAAGUGCCCGACGGGUACAGCGUGCUGGGCAUGGAGCGCAACGAGCCCCUCCGGGACGAGGACGAUGACCUCCUGCAGUUCGCCAUCCAGCAGAGCCUGCUUGAAGCGGGCACCGAGGCGGAGCAGGUGACCGUCUGGGAAGCCCUGACCAACACCCGGCCCGGUGCCCGCCCUCCUCCCCAGGCCACGGUUUAUGAGGAACAGCUUCAGCUGGAGCGGGCCCUCCAGGAAAGCCUGCAGCUGUCCACAGAGCCCAGGGGCCCAGGAUCCCCUCCCAGGACACCCCCAGCCCCCGGUCCACCCAGCUUUGAAGAGCAGCUGCGCCUGGCCCUGGAGUUGUCUUCACGGGAGCAGGAGGAGCGGGAGCGGCGCGGGCAGCAGGAGGAGGAGGACUUACAGCGGAUCCUGCAGCUGUCACUCACUGAGCACUGAGCCACAGCCCUGGGAGGGCUGGCCAGGCCACUCCCUGCCCGCUUUUGUAAUUUAUUUAUUUAUAAACUCUCUGCUGCUGAGCUUGGGGCCUGGAGCCCCAGGAAUGAGCAGGCAGGGGAGACUGAGAUGGAAAUAAAGAGACUGUCGCAGCA